ACAAUCUAUAGUGCAUUUGUCCUUUCUUCGAAUUUUUUAAAGAAAUGUAAACCGCUAUUCUAUAGUAUUUCUAUUCUACACAAAUUUUCCAGUUUCCAUUUUUAAUUAUGACGGUGAAACACAUAACCGUUACGAGUGUGUGAAAAGUGCAGACCCACCACCCCCAACACAGUGUCUCCACUCCCUCCUUUGAAUUUUCUGCCAUUAUUAUUCCUUUGUUUCGUUCUUCCGUUUUUACACUUUCCCCCAUACUUCUCUUCUGCAUUCGGAAAAAAUUAAAACCAAUCAAUUAAGCACAGCAUAACAAAAACUUGCAUUAAAAACGCACUCAAACAACAACACUACUAAUAGUACUACUACCCCCAACCUCGUCAAGGUAAAACCCAACAACAACAAAAACAACCUUAACCAUUCCAACAUUAUUUUCACUGUUUCCUCGGCAUCACCGAAUCAGAACAUGAACAUCCAUCCCCAUUUCCCAAUGUCACCACUUCAAACACCCUUCUUCAUCACCUUCUUCUUCCUAUGUUGUCUCAAUGCCUCUUCUUCUAUUUUCGCCACCACCCAAUUUGACUUUGCGACUUUAACUAUGAGCACUUUGAAGCUUCUCGGCGAUGCCCAUUUGAACAACAACACCGUCAGCCUCACCGGCGACCCCGCCGUCCCCAACUCCGCCGCCGGCAGAGCCCUAUACUCCGCCCCCGUCAGAUUCCGGCAACCGGGCACCCCUUCUCCGGCGAGCUUCUCCACCUUCUUCUCCUUCUCCGUCACCAACCUCAACCCCUCCUCCGUCGGCGGCGGCCUCGCCUUCGUCAUCUCGCCGGACUCCUCCGCCGUCGGCGACCCCGGCGGCUUCCUCGGCCUCCAGACCGCCGCCGGCGGAACCUUCCUCGCCGUGGAAUUCGACACCCUUAUGGACGUGGAAUUCAGCGACGUCAACGGAAACCACGUCGGGUUGGACCUAAACAGCGUCGUUUCGACGCAAGUUUCCGACUUGGGAACCAUCGGAGUGGAUCUCAAAAGCGGCGACUCGGUGAACGCAUGGAUCGAGUACGACGGAAACGCCAAAGGGUUGCGCGUUUGGGUCUCGUACUCGAACCUUCGUCCCAAAGAUCCGAUUUUGAAGGUGGAUCUCGAUGUGGGUAUGUACGUUGACGAUUUCAUGUAUGUGGGUUUUUCUGGGUCUACACAAGGUAGCACCGAGGUUCACAGUGUUGAGUGGUGGAGUUUUAAUUCUUCUUUCGAUUCCGCGGCGGCUCCUGCCGCCGCCACGUCUGUGCAAAAGGAGCGUAAGUCUUCUAAGAAGAGUACUGUGGGGGCAGUUGCUGGGGUUGUCACUGCUGGUGCUUUUGUUCUUGCUCUCUUUGCUGGUGCGUUGAUUUGGUUGUAUUCUAACAAGGUUAAGUACUAUGUGAAGAAGCUUGAUCAUUCUAUUGAGUCGGAGAUUAUUAGAAUGCCUAAGGAGUUUAGCUACAAGGAGCUGAAGUUGGCCACUAAGGGGUUCAGUGCUAAUAGGGUCAUUGGUCAUGGAGCUUUCGGGACUGUUUACAAGGGCGUGUUGCCAGAGAGCGGCGACAUUGUUGCGGUGAAGAGGUGUAACCAUAGUGGUCAGGGGAAGAAUGAGUUUUUGUCUGAGUUGUCUAUAAUUGGAAGUCUAAGGCAUAGGAAUUUGGUUCACCUUCAAGGUUGGUGCCAUGAGAAAGGUGAGAUUUUGUUGGUGUAUGACUUGAUGCCAAAUGGGAGUCUAGAUAAGGCCUUGUAUGAGUCUAGAAUGGCUCUGUCUUGGCCUCAUAGGCUCAAAAUUUUGUUAGGCGUGUCGUCUGUUUUGGCCUACUUGCAUCAUGAAUGCGAAAACCAGGUAAUUCAUAGGGACAUUAAGACUAGUAACAUUAUGUUAGAUGAAGGGUUCAAUGCUAGGUUAGGUGAUUUUGGUUUGGCGAGGCAAACGGAACAUGACAAGUCUCCCGAUGCCACCGUAGCUGCUGGGACAAUGGGGUACCUCGCGCCUGAGUACGUGCUUACCGGUAGAGCCACUGAGAAAACUGAUGUGUUUAGCUAUGGUGCUGUGGUUCUUGAGGUGGCCAGUGGGAGGAGGCCUAUUGAGAAAGAUGAUGAUGCUGCUGCUGGGAAUGGUAAAGUUGGAAUUAGCAGCAAUUUGGUGGAAUGGGUUUGGAGUUUGCAUCAAGAUGGUAAGUUGCUAACGGCAGCUGAUCCGAGACUUGAAGGCGAGUUUGAGGAAGGGGAGAUGAGGAAGGUACUCUUGAUUGGAUUAGCUUGCUCACACCCUGAUUCAAUGGCAAGACCUACUAUGAGGUGUGUGGUUCAGAUGCUGCUGGGUGAGGCUGAAGUGCCUAUUGUCCCUAGAGCCAAGCCAUCUACUAGUUACAGUACUUCUCAACUCUUAAUGAACUUGCAAGAUAGUGAUACUGACUGUAAGAAUGGUAUGAUCACAAUCUCUACCUCUUCAUCAGAGAACAGCUCCAAUGGCAAAGAUAUAGUCUGAUGGAAGUCUUUGGCUGAGAUCUUGUCAUUUUUUUUUAAUUAUUUACUCAAAAUGUAGAUAGAGUGAAAUGUAUUCUUUUGCUCAUGUAUGUAAACUCCAAUAACAUUACAAUUAUAGGCCUUCUUGAGAAAGGAAAGAAUUUUGGGGAUUAUGCAAUUUUGCCUCUGGCAUUCAUAGUUUAUGGUAGAGUGCUUCUGUUGUACAUUUUUAUACAAAUUAAAUUAAAUGGAUCUCGGUGAGUAGAAAUGCAA